AUGAAGCACGUCAUUGCCUCCCUCGCCGCGCUGGCCAGCUUGUUCAGCCAAACCAUGGCCUUGAAAAACAACGGAGUGUACGCAAUCGUAUCCCCACGCUCUGGAGAUGUUUGGGGAAUCCAAAACUCCAUCGGUGUUAAGCAUCGGGUCGAGUUGGUACACCCGGAAGACAAACACGCCGAGCACUGGCGUCUAGUCGCCUCCGGUCCCGACUUCCUCAUACAGAACGUUUACACCCAGGGGAUGCUCUCAUGCCCGAAGGAACAUCCCUGCGAAGUGGACACCCUUGGAAACAACGCACAGCUUUUCAAAGCCAUUCAGAAUGAUGACGGGACCUUCAUCUUCCACCCCGAGGGGACUCCACUGGUGGUAGCAGCUGGGGAGGAUAAUGAGUUGGCGGCCCAUCCUUCGGAUCCAUCACUUGAUGCGGUCUUCCUUCUUCGUCCAGUCGAGCAAGAAUGUGAGUCACUAUAUUUAAUUUACUUUGUUAUUUAA